GGCCACCUACUAGUCUGGGUUAAUACUGUCCGCAGUCGCCAUCAUGCCUACCUCGACCGGCGGGCGCUCAAGUCCUGCUUCCCUGCGUUCGCACCACGUUCGCUACUCCAGCGAUUCCAACAUCGCCCUGCGGAGCACUAUCAUGGAGCAGCCCGAGGGUCGUCCCGAGCUCGAAACCUACGAUUCUUCCGGCACCAAUUCUAGUGGCAACGAUGGAGAUGAGUAUGCGGGCAAUCAGGAAAGUCACAGCGACAGCGAUGGAAUUUCCAGCAGGCAUUUCGUGGCAGGCAGUGGGCAGGCAUAUGCACAGGAUGAGGUAACGCCUCUCACCAACGUGUCGACAUAUGGGUGGAGCCAACCAGGGUCGAGUAAUGUGUCCCGGACGACCACGCGAGGUUCCGUUGGCUCUGCGAUGCCCGGUACGCCAGCCUACGAGGGGACGGGAACGGCAAUGACCAAUGGGACGAGACGACCUGCGAAUACGAGAAAGGAAAGCAGUAAUAUCUAUGCACCGAACAGAGGGCCUGGGAGCUCGAUGCGAUAUGCAUUGAACACGGCUACGCGACCACGAAACGGUUCGACGCAUCGACGAAGGAGGAAUCCGAACGAUGAGUAUAGAGCGCAAGAGAAGGCAUACGUGCAACGAAUACGGCAGGACGCGCCUGACAACGAUUUCUAUACGGAACCUAGAACACCGAGUCUGGACUACAGUUCUGGAAGUGAGGACGAUGAGGAGAGCCCGACCAAUGCCAACUACGCAGAUCACGACCCGGCCGAAGUUGACACAUUGCUCUAUUACGGGCAAGAAGACUUGGAGCCAUCUGUAGAAGAGUUGAAUAUACCUGCGAAUAGAGAGCGGCUGGAGUGGCAUGCAAUGUUGGCAAAUGUGUUGACGGGAGACGUCGUCAAGCAAGAGAAGAAACGUUUGAUCGGUGGCCCAGAGCAACAAGGCGAGAACACACUCAAAACCGAAGUCUGGAUAGGAGUACGGGCGAAGACAUGUGGUCGAUCGAUCGCUGCUCAGAAACGUUUGAUUGAGGAUGGCAGGUCAAAGGUCAAGCAAACGAUAGAAUCGAUAGUCGCUUUCGAGAUCAAAGGAGAGGCUGAAGUUGGACAAUCGCCUAUGCAACAAGUCCAGGAUGUGGUGAAGAAGAUUGAGAAGAUCGAAGGCCUGUACCCUACCCGCCAGGCAUUCGAGGCUGCUCAUCCUCGAGCUGCAUCUUCCGCAUACCGGGACACAUGCGAUGCUGUCAUUGCAUGGAACAAUACAACGGAGCUCAUCAGCACUGAGCUUGGAAUCCUCCAAAGCUGGGUUGGAAACAUGGAAUUGGACUUCACGACUGCCCGUGUCCGGCCCGAAGGCGAACAGCAUAACGAACUAUUCGACGACAGCUCAUUCAUUGAUCGUAUUCUCAAGGAAGAUGGGCUGAAGUCUCUGCAAGGAGACAAGAACCUUCUCAACGGCGUCAACACUGUCAUCCACAAGGCCAAGGCCACCUUGAUUGCCAACGCUGAAGCCUUCUCCGAUCGUCACCUUCCACCAUACAUUGAGGAGCUGCUCACUCUCAUCAACUUCCCGAGUCGACUGAUACAAGAGAUCAUCCGCAUGCGGCUUUCAUAUGCUAAGAAGAUGAAAGACGCAGCGCAGCAAGGUGUUAUGACCGCCGAGCAAAUGAUUCUGCAAUUUCAGAUCCUGCUGCAGUUAGCUGUGAAGAUCAAGGAGCAAUACUUGCUCAUCGCUCAGCCUGAGCCAGGUUGGGAUUUGCCGCCUUGCAUCGACGACAAUUUCGAUUCUGUCGUGCUCGAUGCUUUGAAGUUUUACUUCAAGAUGCUGAACUGGAAGCUUAUGGCUAACAAGAACACAUUCAAGGAAGCUGAAAUUUUGGAGCAAGAGUGGGACUUCUCAAACGAGCUUGGUCGACAUCUUGACGGAGGUGAUGUGGAAGUUGCCGAGCAGUUCUCCAGCCUGACAUCCAAGUCCAUGGGUCGUCUAGCAGCGCAUUUCGAGAAGGAACUUCAACGGCCUGCAGACGAGGUCGCUGGUACCGCUGAGAUGGACAAACGAUAUAAAUCGAUCCUGGACUCCGUUCGUGUUCGACAACGAAAGAUCUUCCGAUUCGGCAGAAUUCUGAGCCAGCGCUUCGAGAACGCAACCGAGUACAACAUCAACAUCGACAACGAGCUGUAUGAGGACUUCCUUCUUGCCCUUAGACUAUCAGGCCAUUUCCUGGUUGAGACGAACGCCGAAAGUUCUGUGCCCACUCCAGGCGAUAACGAGAAGGCUGGUGGCAAGGUCUACAUACUGGCUAGUCCCGUCCUCAGAGAGAGGCCGAAGGAUAUCCAAAGCAUGCUCGGAACCUGCUACCACGCCGAAGACAGUCCCGAGGAUCCUAGCAAUCCCUAUGUUCUCAUACUGCGACCGGAAUUACCUCUUGCCUGGGAAGGUGAUCGAAUGGACGCUUCGCACUCUGGCAAGGAGAUCUUGAAAGUACCGCAGACGCUGGACCUCAAGACUGGUCGGCUACGGCUCGUCGCAGAUGGCAGUCUGCAGCGACUUCAGAAUGCAAACAUGGCGUUCACCACUGCCACAGGUAACUUUGACCUGACAAUACUUGUCGAGCAACGAGCAAACCUGCCGCGAGUCAACCAAGAACUGGCAAAGAUCCGCAAGACUGCGCACAAGCUCUCCAACACGAUCAUGGACUCCGUCGCCAUUGUGCGCUCGCAGGUCGAAGCCGCAGGGAGAAAAGGCGAGAGCCAAGAACUCAUCCAAAACUGCUUUGCAUUCGCGACAGAGUUCGGUCAGCGUUCCGCCAUCCACAUGGACGCACAACGACGAGCGGUCAAUCAGCACAAGCUUACAAAGCUUGCCUUGGAUUGGGUUUCCUUUAUCUGCGAUGAUUGCGUUGCCUCCGACCGCAAGACCUUCCGAUGGGCAGUCGUUGCACUAGAGUUCGCCAUGGUCAUGACAAGAGGGCAAAACAUUCUCUCGAUCUCAGACGAAGAGUAUGCUCAUCUGCGAUCUAAGGUCGCAGGCUGCAUGAGUUUACUCAUCUCUCACUUCGACAUCAUGGGUGCUCGAGGCACUGUUGCCGCUCAAGCAGAAAAGCAAAGGAUGGAUGCCAUGGUAGGCAAGCUGCGUCUCGACAUCGGAAAGCUCAAAGAUGACGAUGAGUCAUCUCGCAUAGUACGUGCUCAAUGGCUUGACGAACUCGAGAAGCUUGAUCAGGCCCGCAAAGACCGCGAGGCAGAACGACAGGCUCUCGGACGAGUUCUGGAAGACUCAAAUGACGCUGAUCGCGCUUUGACACAUCUUUCUGCUUCCGCUGGCAACGUGCAUUUGCGAUGGCAGCAAGGCCAAUUCGUUGGUGGCGGUACUUUCGGCAGUGUUUAUGCUGCCAUCAAUCUUGACAGUGGUCACCUGAUGGCCGUCAAGGAGAUCCGAUUGCAGGACCCGAAGAUGAUUCCAACAAUCGUCUCACAGAUCCGAGAUGAAAUGGGUGUCCUGCAAGUCUUGGAUCACCCGAACGUUGUGCAAUACUACGGUAUUGAGCCUCAUCGUGACAAGGUCUACAUCUUCAUGGAAUACUGCUCAGGAGGCUCGCUGGCAGGACUUCUCGAGCAUGGCCGCAUUGAGGAUGAGACUGUUGUUCAAGUUUAUGCUCUGCAGCUGUUGGAAGGUCUGGGAUAUCUGCACGAAGCCAACGUCGUGCAUCGAGACAUCAAACCUGACAACAUCCUGCUCGAUCACAAUGGUGUCAUCAAGUUCGUCGAUUUCGGCGCGGCAAAGGUUAUUGCCAAGCAAGGAAAGACUGUGGUCGCCGAUGGGCCUGGCGGCAAUGGUCGCCAACGAUCCGUACAAGGCACUCCCAUGUACAUGUCACCGGAAGUCAUCAAAGGCGGGAACCAUACUGGCCGUCUCGGCGCUGCAGAUAUUUGGUCCCUGGGCUGUGUCAUCAGCGAAAUGGCAACUGGCUCGCGCCCAUGGGCCAACAUGGACAAUGACUUCGCCAUCAUGUACAACAUUGCCAACGGCAACUCACCACAGAUGCCAACACGAGACCAAAUGUCCGACGUCGGCCUCGACUUCCUAAAGCGAUGCUUUGAACGAGAUCCUGCGAGACGUGCUUCUGCUGCUGAGCUUCUGCAGCAUGAAUGGAUCUCUUCAAUCAAGGUUCAACUCAGUCUCGAACCUGGCACGCCGCAGACGCCUUCGAUACAGAGUGAGAACUCGUAUAGUGGUGGGUUGGCGACGCCUAGCAGUUCUACGUCCACCAGUAGCCGACAAUUUUAGCAGAAUCGUCGCGCGGUGAGCGAUUGUGGAGAGGUCAGAGGAAUUGAUGAAACGCUUGGUCUCUGCUUUCCGCAUCCGAUUGCAAGACGGGAUACGGCGGUAAGCGAGAGCGAUGCCGAUGUUGUCAGGAGUCAGAGGAAGAGUGGGAAGAAGAGAGUCUCGUUCAGUGAUGAGGGAAGCUUCGUUCCUCCUCCAACGAGAAUGACACUCGAACUACCGGAGAAGAGAAGACUUGCCCUAGAGAAAAAGAAGAGCGCGCUGGAGAUGUAUUUGGACGAUGUUGCGGUUGGAGAUUAUUGUUUGUGGGAUCGUUGCGAUCUGUUGGAUGUUAUGCCGCCUACUCCUGAAGAGCAUGAAGUUGCAAAAGGAAGUGCGGUGACGGCAUUGAGUGGUUGAAAGAUCUCAUUACUGGAUUGAGUGAGUUGAAGAGGCUGCAUUGCAUUCUUGAGUCCUUCGACUUCUGGUCGACUUGAUACCUACUUUGGCACUAAAUUGAGACGUACGAGACGAGAGGAUACAUUAGCGAGGGCGUUCUUUGGGUUUAAAGAGAGUGGGAUGUUUCGAGGCAUUAUGCAUUUUUUUUUUCUCUUCGUUUUGCAUUAGUUUAGUCCGGGCCUUGAUUAUGGGCUGCAAUUCCUAAUUCUACUCCGGUUCGGAAGAAUGCAACUUUUAAUCAUUCUGCCAACACAAGCCUCACCUUCACUC